GGCCAGGGCGCUAGAUCCUGAGGGGGGAUGUAUGUGUGGGGUGUGUAUCAGGUGGGCUGCUCCAGCUGGAGGUGGAGCCACGGCUGAAUGAGCCAUUCCUAAAGCCUGAUUCACACCAGUACGCUCCAUUCACAUUCCAGCUCCGAGCCUCAUUCACACACUCGCAGGAUACGUGUCAGCAGCCGUCGGGAGAACACUUCUCUCACUUACUGACUCACUCGAACACGUACAAGAGUUAAAAACAUGGAUUUACCGCGUCGCGCAAACUCUCGGAUGUAUCUGGUGCCGAACGCGGUUUGAAUCGGUGGUUUUCGUGUCCUCUGGAUCUAUCAUGUGGGCUCUUCCUAAAGGUGACUCCUUAGCCCCUCCGCGGACACCCGUCGCAUCCAAGAGCGCAACACGGGAGUAUAUUCUUAACCCGCUCGAGAUCCCAGGCAUCGAAAUGAUACUUACUCAGAUAGAAGCCAAGGAGGCGUGCACCUGGCUGAGGGCUGCAGGGUUCCCCCAGUACGCACAGCUCUAUGAAGACGCCCAGUUCCCGAUCGACAUCUCCUCCGUCACCAGAGAUCACGACUUCCUGGACCGAGACGCCAUCGAGGCGCUCUGCAGGAGGCUGAAUACCCUCAACAAAUGUGCUCUCAUGAGACUAGAGAUAACGCCACAGAGAAAGAGAAGCGAGGACUCAGAUGAGGACGAGCCCUGCGCCAUCAGCGGUCGCUGGACCUUCCAGCGGGACAGCAAGCGCUGGUCCCGCCUGGACCAGGAGCUGGAGGUCUUCUCCUCCCUCACCGGCCUGGAGUUCUCCUCCCAGCCCCACGACCAGAGCUGCUCCACCUCCGCCGCCGCCGCCGCCACCACGCCGCCGACCCUGCGGGAGGGCCACAGCUCGGAGAGCGUGCUGACGGACCUCAGCGAGCAGCCCGAGGGGGGCUCCAUCCACAGCGGCGGCAGCGUGAGCGGCGGUGCCGGCAGGGCGGGCGGCGGCGACAAGAGCCGCGCCGGAUCGGCCGGCCCGGCGCGGGCGUCGCCGGCGGCGGGCGCCACGCGCGCCAGCUCGGUGGCGAGCAUGUGCUCCUCGUCCGGCACCGGCGGCUCGGGCUUCGCCAACGAGGACUCCACCUCGGACGGGGGGCCGCCGCCGUCCCCGCUGGAGCCGACGGGACAGUUCACCUUCGACAUGCGCGGCGGGACGGGCCGCCUGGGCAGCCUGGACCGGGCGGGGGGCGGGGCCGAGGACGACGGCCUGGGGGGGGGAGGAGGAGGAGGCGGUAAGAGCACGCGCUCCCGAGCCAAGAGCUUCCUCAAGAGGAUGGAGAGCCUGCGCCUGCGCUCGGCCUCUUCCUCCUCCUCCUCCUCCUCCUCCAAGAGGAAGAAGAAGCCGAGUGGCGGCAAGCUGGACAUCAGCGGGCCCGUGGCGCGGCAGGGGCUGGACGACGAGAAGCUGGCCCACAUGAACUGCGUGGACAUCGCCAACCUCAACCACCGCAACCCGGCGCAGACCAUGACGCUCAACCGCAACCGCGGCGUGCCCUACUCCACGCAGAACAGCAACGGCAGCACGGGCAGCACGGGCAGCAGCCAAUCGGAGGCCAGCAGCGGCAGCACCGUCAGCACGCCCAGCCCCGUGACACGGGCGCGCAGCCACAGCACGGCGGCCGGCUCCACCAAGCGCGGGGGGAUGUACCUGGAGGGCUUCGACCCCUUCAGCCUCCGGCAACAGUCCAAGACCUCCGCCGCCGCCGCCGCUGCCGCCGCCGCCGGGACCGCCGGCUCCACGCCCCCGACCCCCCCAGUCGGCCCCGGCGGCCCCGGUGGCCCCGGCGGCGGCCCCCGGCCCGGCCGGCUCCGCAUCGCCAGCCAGCCGCCGGCCGUGGAGGAGGAGGAGGAGGAGGAGGAGCGGGAGCGCGUCAUCUUCUUCUUCCUCCCCGAGGGCCACAAGCCCGGGACGUUCCCCCGGGCCCUGCAGGACGGCAGCUGCAACAACAACAACAACGAGGACAGCAACGCCAACCCGGUGGUGCUGCGGGGCGGCCGCCCCAGUCGCCGGCGGCAACGCCACGGCUCGGCGGGCUCGGCGGGCUCUGGCGGCCGACUGAGCUUCUACGACAACGUGCCCCCCCGCCGGGACGAGGAGGAGGAGGCGGCGGCGGCGGACGGACGCAAGCUGGACGAGGUGCUGCAGCGCGUCAGCGGCAUGCAGCGCUUCGUCAACGCCUGGUCCGACGCCGUCGCCGGGGGGGAGGAGGAGGAGGACGAAGAGGAGGAGGACGAAGAGGAGGAUGAGGAGGACGAGGAGGAGGGAGACUCGGACUCUGCGCUGGACUCGGCGUCGCCGUGCCCGUCCUCCCCACUGCAGAACCGGCUGGAGGAGCAAGGCAGCGACCAGGACAGCACCGGGAACCCCCUGGGGGAGGGCGAGGAGGGGAUGCGGGAGCGGAGGGACUCGGGCGUGGGGGCGUCGCUCACACGCACCAACAGGCCUCAGAAGCUGCGCUGGCCUAGCUUCCAGAGCUCCCACCGGCCCAGCCAGGCGUCGGCCCAGCUCCAGAUCGGCUGCCAGUCGGUGCUGCAGAUGAACCUGCUGCAGAAGCUGUCCCUGCUGAAGCUCACCGCGCUGCUGGAGAGACACACGCCCACCAACAAGCACGGCUUCAGCUGGGCUGUGCCUAAGUUUAUGAAGCGGGUGAAGGUGCGCGACUACAAGGACAAGAACGUGUUCGGGGUGUCUCUGCAAGUCAACGUCCAGCGGUCUGGACAGCCCCUCCCCCAGGGCGUCCAGCAGGCCAUGCGGUACCUCCGCAACCACUGUCUGGACCAGGUAACACACACACACACACACACACACACACACACACACACAGACACACACAGACCCGAGCACACACACAGAAGCAUGCAGGCACACACACAAACACACACACACACAGAAGCAUGCAGGCACACACACAAACACACACACACACACACACACAGACCCGAGCACACACACACACACAGAAGCAUGCAGGCACACACACAAACACACACACACACACACACACACACAGACCCGAGCACACACACACACACACGCACAUACUGCUUGUUCCAGGUAACACUCUCACACACACACGCACACACACAUACACACUGUCUGGACCACGUAACACACAUACGCUCUGCCUGAACCAUGUAACAUACACACGAACACACACACACACACACACAAACACACGCACACACACACAAACAUAUACAACACGCACACACAGAUGAGUUAAGGCAAUCCAUCAGAGAUGGGAUACCAUAGGGACACUUAUGGCCACUGGAACUUAUGUUUUAAAGUGUUGCAGAAGGCACAGUCUCAAUACCUCCAACAAUAAUCCUCCAAAUAGACCCUAGAUCGA